AUUGCCGUGGAGUUGAGCUCGCAGCUUCCUUCCAUUACAUAUAUGCCUGGUUGCUACCUCAUCUUCUAUUAUCGCUCAUGCUCCAGCCGGGAAUGGAGGAAAGUAGGAGGAGUUUCCAGAGCAGCAGCGGCGGAGACUUCAAAACCGAGGUCGUCAGCGGGAAGAGUUUCGGGAAAUGUAAGAACCAGAUGUACGGAAAGAAACGGAGCCGUUCGCCGGAUCUGUGGUCGGUUCCGCCACGGCGGCGUGACGCGACGGCGAAGUCGGCGCCCUGGAGUUUCAACGACUCUGAGAUGAAAAGGCGGAAGAGAAUAGCCCAGUAUAAGGUCUACUCCAUUGAAGGGCGGGUGAAGGCUUCUCUCAGGAAGGGGUUCAAGUGGAUUUCGAGCAAAUGCUCUGAAAUCAUCCAUGGCUACUAGCUUUGUUCGUUCUUCCACUCGAAACCUUUUCAAAUGUUAUGAUUAUAAUCAUCAUUAUUAUUGUAAUCAAUUAGCAAUUGGUUUUGGCGAAUUGCUGCAAUUUCUAGAAAUUAUCUCCCUUCUCAUUUGUUACAGACUUGCACUAUAUUGCCACUUCAAAUCUCACUAAUUUUGUUCAGCAACU